AUCCAUAGUUUGGCCGUCAAUCAUUCUCCAAGCACCAAUCGGAAUGCAAAUCGAGGGAAUCUUUAUCACUCCCGAUGUAUCCAACGUGGGACGAAAGAACGUCUGGAUAAAAAGAAAGUAAAGUCCGGGAGGGGGAAAAACAAGCGGUCGAAACGGUCAGAAGUGUGAGGUGAAUUAGUGAAUUAUCGGAGUUUUCGGACCGUACAACGCGAUCAAGAUAAAAGCUUCCCAGUUCCUUUAAACCGCGCUCAGGGCUGCUGGAGAGAGAGAGAGAAAGAGAGAGAAGGAAGAAACGCGAGCCGGAAAGUUCACAACAGUCGGACGGCUUUACUGGAACUGUUUUGCUUAAAAGUGGUUUAUUAUUAUUCAUUAAUGUGAUGUGAACGCCUGCAUUCGCCGUUCGGAAACUUUAUAUCAAGUCCGUGAAGUAACGAGAGCAUCAAACUUUUUUUAGGAGUGCGGUUUUCCCAAAAGGAAAAGUUUCUUUAAAGCGCCGGAGAUCAGAUUUGUUUUCAACACGCUCGUAUGGACUUAAUGGACACGAUCUAACUAUGUUUCAACUCUUCAUAAUCACGAAUGACUUGGGAUCAGCACAUUAUAAAAACUUCUGAAAAGCCGCUGACGAUUUAAACUCUUCAGACUACAUUUGAUCCAGUGGAUCUCUCUUGCCAAAACAAAGCGCCCGUCUAUCUCCCAUCCAGACCCCCUUUUCAACCUUUUAAGGACAACUGCAUUUAGUUUUGGCUUCUGGACAAGUUGUGAUUCACCUUUGAUUUACUUGACGUACGUGGUGGAGCAGGGGAGUUAAGAUUUUACUGUGGACCUUUUUCAAGCGCAGGACUAAUGCAUUGCCAAAAAACAACGCAGUAUAAUUUGAUAUUACCGUUGGGUAAACAAACAACUUAAUGAAGGCGAAUUACUCGGACUCUGAGAAACCCAAUAGGUUCGAGCUGUCCGUUUGUGGAUGAGCGAGAUCAGUCGUUAAGCGCUGAGACAACUGGAUACAAAAUGGCGGCGUGGCUGGGACAGAUGGGAUCACUUUCAUAUCAUGUGUUUUAUUGGCUUUUGACACUGGGACUGUUAAUUAAUUAUAGCGCACCGUGUCCUCAAAACUGUACGUGUACGCUUGAUACGACUGACUGCAGUCAUUUAGACAUUACUGAUGUCCCUCAAGACUUGCCUAAGAGCACUGUGCAUCUAAAUCUGAGCCACAACAAGCUGGCAGCAGUCGAUAUGGACAUCCUCUCCAAUCUGCCCAACCUGAGAGAAGUGAGGCUUGACCACAAUGAGCUGACCUCCAUCCCUUCAUUUGGAGACGCAGCAGCAACAGUCGUUACACUCUACUUGCACCAUAAUAAAAUCCGCAGACUGGAGGGGAGCCUGCUGCAGAACUUCACUGCUCUGGAGACUCUAGAUCUGAGUAAUAAUGACAUCACGGAGCUGAGAGAGCGCUGCUUCCCUCCGGGGUUACAGAUCAAGGACCUGCACCUGAGUAGUAAUAAAAUUGUUCAUCUGGAGUUCGGGGCAUUUAAAAACCUUGCUGGGAGUCUGCAGAUCCUCAGAUUGAGCCGGAACCGAUUGACCCAGCUUCCUGUCAAAGGCCUGGAGCUGCCCAAGCUCACACAACUGGAGCUGAGCAGGAACAAGUUGCGGUUGAUUGAGGGACUCACCUUCCAAGGUUUGAGCAGUUUAGAAAUUCUAAAGCUUCAGAGAAACAACAUCAGCAAGCUGACGGAUGGGGCGUUUUGGGGUCUGGCCCGGAUGAGGGUUCUGCACCUGGACUAUAACAGUCUGCGGGAGGUGAACAGCGGCUCUCUCUACGGCCUGGAGUCACUCCUGCAGCUCUAUCUCUCCAACAACUCCAUCUCUAACUUUAAUCCUGAGGGCUGGGGCUUCUGUGAGAGACUCCGAGAACUGAACCUGUCCUAUAAUAACCUGACGAAGCUGUCUGAGGGUGGAUUUUCCAAACUGGUGAACCUGAACUCGCUGCGUUUGGGACACAAUUCCAUUGGUCACAUCACGGAGGGAGCGUUUAGAGGCCUUAGUUCCUUACGGACGCUUGAGUUGGACCACAAUGACAUUUCUGGCACUAUAGAGGACACCAAUGGGGCCUUCACUGGCUUGGAAAACCUCAACAAGCUAACUCUGUUUGGAAACAAGAUCAAGUCGGUGGCCAAGAAAGCCUUCUCGGGCCUCGAGGCUCUGGAGCACCUGAACUUGGGGGAAAAUGCCAUUCGCUCCAUCCAACCCGAGGCAUUUAGCAAGAUGAAGAACCUGCGCUACCUUCAUAUUCAGAGUGAUAGUUUUCUCUGCGACUGCCAGCUGCACUGGUUUCCAGAGUGGCUGGUAACACGAGGGCUGAAGGCUGGCGUUCAGGCCACGUGUGCCCACCCGGAGAGCCUAAAGGGCACCAGCAUCUACCAGGCCCCAUCACAGAGCUUUGUUUGUGAUGACCUUCCCAAACCCCAGAUCACCGUUCACCCUGUCACCACGGCAGCAGUUUUGGGCAAAGAUGUGCGUCUGACCUGCACGGCCGCCAGCAGCAGCAGCUCGCCCAUGACCUUCACCUGGCUCAAGGACCAGGAGACGCUACGUCAAGCCGAGGUGGAGAAUUUUGCCCAUGUGCGAGCCAGUGAUGGAGGGGUCAUGGAGUAUACUACUAUCCUCCACCUCCGGCACGUCACCUUCAACCAUGAGGGCCGCUACCAGUGCAUCAUCAGCAAUCACUUUGGCUCCUCCUACUCUAACAGGGCCCGCGUCACUGUAAACGUGCUGCCGUCAUUUGUCAAGACUCCACGCGACAUCACGAUCCGGACGGGCACGAAGGCGCGGUUGGAGUGUGCGGCUGAAGGACAUCCCACUCCCCAAGUUGCGUGGCAGAAAGACGGUGGAACAGAUUUCCCUGCCGCCCGAGAGCGCCGCAUGCGUGUGAUGCCUGAUGACGAUGUCUUCUUCAUCAUGGACGUGAAGCCUGAGGAUAUGGGCGUGUACAGCUGCACGGCCAAAAACACGGCAGGCAUGAUCUCCGCAAACGUCACUCUAACAGUGCUAGAGACCCCUCAUCUAGCACAGGAAAUGGAGGAUCGAAAUGUUGUAGUGGGCGAGACUGUUGCGUUGCAGUGCAAGGCUCUAGGCAGCCCACCUCCUCGCAUCACCUGGCUAAAGGGGGAGGAGCCUCUGAGACCCAGCGACCGUCACUACUUCACUCCAGGGAAUCAGCUCUUGGUGAUCGGUAGCACCACAUUCGAGGACGCUGGACGCUACACCUGUGUCAUGUCCAACACGCUCGGCACGGAGCGCGCUCACUGCCAGCUCAACGUUUACCAGCGCUUUGAGGAAUGCGCACCUUUUUCAAGCCCCAGCACUGUUACCGUGGGAAUCAUCGUCAUCGCUGUGGUGACCAGUAUUGUGGUGACGUCACUGGUUUGGGUGUGUAUUAUCUACCAGACGAGGAAGAAGAGCGAAGAGUGCAGUGUAAACACAGACGAGACAAUUGUCCCUCCUGAUGUCCCCAGUUACCUGUCCUCUCAGGGCACUUUAUCAGAGAGACAGGACGUGUGCAUACGGGUGGAGUCCAAUGGUGGAUCUCAACCCAACGGACGCAUAGAAAACAAUGGCUAUGAUGGGCCAGUCGUGUGCACAGACUGCUUGGAAAAUGGCACCAGCUACUCCAAACACUGCAACUACCUCCCUCACGGGAUAGCGCCCCCUUCAGGCCUGGAGUAUCAGCAGACACACCAAACAUCGACUUUCACCAGCCACAACAAUGAACCACACUGCAAUGGCACACCCAACGGGGUCAGGAAAGACAGCCAAACUCCCAUCUUUCCCACCAACCACGACAGGAUGACCGGAUCACCCUCGUCGCACCAGUACAGCGACAGAAAAGGAUGGUUGGUGAAUAGGUCAGACACACCCCCCUCACUUGAAGAGAGCUACCAUCGGCCAGUAAAGCUCCUGCCUGGGGACUGUGACAUCGGGUCCGAGCUCAAACAGACUCUAUUACCCAAUGGACAUGCACAUACGGCCGAUGCCACCCUAAAUGAGUGCGAAUCCUUCAGACGGGCCAGUGACUAACGCCUCACCAACCCUCUUCUUUAUCCUUUUGCACUGAGAACUGCUACCUCACACUGAGGGGCACAGACAAAGCUGCCCCCAUCUAUCUGAAUGCAGAAUAGGGGCGUCCGGAGUUUGAAGGCGAAGCUUGAGUGGGGCGAUGACGUCCCAUGCGAGCGAUAAUGAUUUAUAUAAAUAUAAUCCUCCUCAGGGAGGCUUUGUUCACACUUCAGAAAUGUGACUUGCAUUUGACGCAUGCAAAAUGUAUGACAGAGUGCUAUAACGUUGGGCUUUGAGCUGUACAUAAGAGUUUUCAUAUAUAAAUACGUGAAUGUAUGUAUUCUAUAACUUUUACAAAAGGGUGUUUAACUCUAUUCAGCACAUGGUGAGAUCAGAGUGGUUAUAUUUUAUUUUUAUUUCAUUGCUUCUUUUUUUUCUUUUUUUUGAACAGAUCUCUAUUGCUUUUCCCAGUUUAAUAAGCAGUGCCUUAUUACAAGAUCAAAGAAUCCAAAAGUCAGUUUUACAUUGGGAGAUGUCUGUAUGCUCUCACAAAUGGAUUUUUUUUUUCAUGCACUUGAAGUUUAGACAACCCAAUCAAAAUAGAUCGCCUUAAAGGAAUAUUCCAGGUUAAAAACAAGAAACGGGGUUCUUGAAAUAUCAGGGAAUUUACUUUUUGUGAUGUCUAGAAAAGUCAUGGGAAUUGAUACGAUCUACAGUACUUUUAUUUAGCAAGGAUGCAUUACAUUGUUCAAAAGUGACUUGCAAAAGUUUCAAGAUUAAUUCAAAUAUAUUUUAUAUUAAAAGAGAAAAGUUCAAUGAUAAUAUUUCACAAUAUAACUGUAUUCUUGAUCAGAUAAACGCAGCCAGUAGUGGUUGACCAGUAGUGGAUUUGUUUUGGUAAAUUUAUAUUUACUGAAAAAAUACAUAUUUCUCUGAAAUGUUUAAUUGGCUAGAUUUUUUGUUGUUGUUGUAAGUACAGUCUCUAUAAAUGAUACUUAAGUAAUUAUGAUUGGAAUUCACUAAAUAGACAAUGCUUUGCAUCAUUUACAAUCAAAAUAAUUUCAAUUUGUACUUUGAAAAACAAAAAAGCUAUUGUAUUUUCCAUAACUAACUGGUGUUUAACCUGGAAUAUUACUUUGUCAGAAUAUAUAUGGGAUGAAGGAAGAGCUUUGCAUUGAAUUUUCAGGUCCGUUAUGGUGCAAAAAUGACACAUUGGCAUAAGGGAUAAUAUAAGCACUUUGAUAAUUCCCAUUUUCUGAUGCAAUCGAGGCUCUUCCUUUAACAAAGGUACACGCCACCAAAAGCUGCUUCACUUGCCCGCAUACCUGUGGUAUUUAAAAUGAAUUUUUAAAUGUAUUCUUUUUUUAACAUAUUUGGCGAAAUAAUGAAUUAUCCAAAAAUAAUAUUUAGAGAGACUGGUUCUAACAGUGAAUUUUAGCUAGCAGCAAAGCUAAAUGCUGCCAGAUAACAAAAGGGAAAGAGCGUCUCUCUAGAAAACUCAAGCUGUGCGUGCUGGACCUCAACCACACAGAAUGUCUUCACCUAAAGGGAAUACGCAGGAAAAAGUGAACACCUCGUCAGCUAGUCUCUCAUAGUCUUUGCUAAAGACUAAAGCAGCUAAUGCUAAGCUACAUUUAUUAGAUAGCCUGAGCCAAACCGGUUCAUGUCGACAGCCAAUGUUGUUUUUUAGGCCAAAUAGUAUAACAUCUGUACUACUAAACUAGGGAACUGUUUUGUAAAGUUGGAUUACAGCAAAUGCCAGAUUAACCCCAAAAACUGUUGACCAUAGCAGUACUCUGAUAAUGUGGUUAGCUGGUUAACUGGAAUCCAGCUCUGUGAACUAGCUCAAAUAGGUUAACUAUACAGAUGUUUGGAUUUUAUACUAGAUUAAUUUAUUGAACACCACUCUAAUCACAGCCGUUCACCCACAUGGCUAAAACUGUUGAAGUGUCAAAAUAGCAGGUGUUUAUUAAAGUCACAUUUUGUUCUUUUA